AACUGACAUUUAUGUGGUCUUAUAAAUCACUUGCAAGCCGUAAGGGCCACUGUAUUCUUAAGUUAUGCAUGGGCGGCAAAUCCUGUUUUGGUCAUCUAAAUACAUCUCGAUCCGGCGCCGUUUUGUCUCUACAAACACGGGGCAAUCUGCCUCUUCUCAAUCUCUAGUACAAGAAUUCACGAACUUGUGCUCUAACGGACUCAUAAAAGAAGCAUUUGAGAGUUAUAAUUCCUUAAUAUGGAUAAACCCAUCUCUCUUCUCUCACAUUGUUCAGUCAUGCAUACCCAAAAAAUCACUACUUGUAGCCAAACAGCUACAUUCUUUAGUAAUCACUUCUGGGUGUUUUUACAAAGAGAAAUUUUUAAGAAAUCACCUUUUAAACAUGUAUUCGAAGAUUGGAGAAUUGCAGACAGCUUUAUUGCUGUUCAACUCAAUGCCAAUGAGAAAUAUUAUGUCUUGUAACAUUUUGAUUAACGCAUAUAUACAUAGUGGGGAGUUGGACAGUGCACGUAAAUUGUUUGAUGAAAUGCCUGAAAGAAAUGUUGCCACUUGGAAUGCUGUGGUUGCUGGGUUGAUACAGUUCGAGAUUAAUGAAGAGGGUUUGAAUUUAUUUAGGGAUAUGUAUGAGUUGGGCUUUCUUCCUGAUGAAUAUACUCUUGGUAGUGUUCUUCGCGGUUGUGCUGGUUUAAAAUCUAUGUAUGCAGGAAGGCAAGUUCAUUGUUAUGUUGUGAAAUGUGGGUUUGAAUUUAAUUUGGUUGUUGGUAGUUCAUUGGCUCACAUGUAUAUGAAAAGUGGUAGUUUAAGUGAAGGAGAGAGAGUUAUUAAAUCUAUGCCGAGUCGAAAUAUUGUGGCUUGGAAUACACUAAUUGCUGGCAAAUCUCAAAAUGGCCAUUCUGAGGAAGUUCUGGAUCUGUAUAAUAUGAUGAGAAUUAUGGGUUUUAGACCUGAUAAAAUUACUUUUGCAAGUGUAAUUAGUUCAUGUUCGGAAUUGACUACCCUUGGUCAAGGUCAACAGAUUCAUGCUGAAGUGAUUAAAGCUGGUGCUAGUUCUGUUGUUGCCGUGACUAGUUCUUUAAUUAGCAUGUAUUCAAGAUGUGGGUGUUUGGAAGAUUCUGUAAAAGUUUUCUUGGAAUGUAAAGAUGUUGAUGUCAUACUCUGGAGCUCUAUGAUUGCUGCUUAUGGGUUUCAUGGACGAGGAGAAGAAGCUAUUAAACUGUUUCACCAGAUGGAGCAGGAGAAUCUGGAGGCAAAUGAUGUUACUUUCUUGAGUUUGCUUUAUGCUUGUAGUCAUUGUGGAUUGAAGGACAAAGGGGUAGAAUUUUUUAAGUUAAUGGUGGAAAAGUACGGAGUGAAGCCUAGAUUAGAACAUUAUACGUGUAUGGUUGACCUACUUGGUAGGUCAGGGUGUUUAGAUGAAGCAGAGGCCAAAAUAAGAUCAAUGCCUGUAAAAGCGGACGCUGUCAUUUGGAAAACUUUGUUAUCAGCAUGUAAAGUUCACAAAAACGCUGACAUGGCAAGAAGGGUUGCAGAAGAAAUUCUUAAGCUUGAUCCUCAGGAUUCAGCUUCGUAUGUGCUUCUGGCUAAUGUCCAUGCUUCUGCUAAGAGUUGGCAGGUUGUCUCAGAGGUAAGAAAAGCCAUGAGAGACAGGAAUGUGAAGAAGGAACCAGGUAUAAGUUGGUUGGAAGUGAAGAAUCAGGUUCAUCAGUUCUGCAUGGCUGAUAAAUCACAUCCAAGUCUAGAGGCGAUUGAUUUGUAUCUGAAAGAGUUGAUGGAACAGAUGAAACUGCGAGGGUACGUUCCUGACACUGGCUCUGUUUUGCAUGAUAUGGAUAAUGAGGAGAAAGAAUACAGUUUGGUCCAUCACAGUGAAAAAUUGGCUAUUGCUUUUGCUCUAAUGAACACUCCACCAGGUGUGCCAAUAAGAAUAAUGAAGAACUUGCGUGUCUGUAGUGACUGUCAUGUAGCCAUCAAAUACAUUUCUGAUAUUAGAAACCGAGAAAUCAUUGUCCGAGAUACUAGUAGAUUUCACCAUUUCAAAAAUGGAAAAUGUUCCUGCGGAGAUUACUGGGUUCUUCUUUAUGGGUUACAGGUAGAAAUUCAUUAUCGACAGGCCGAUAAUCGAAAAGAAACAGAAAGGAAAAGUAGAGGAUCAAUGUGAAGUUAACUAUGUCUAGAAAAAAAGAAAAGAAAAAAAAUAAGACAAGACAAUCAAGGUAAAUCCUUGCUAUGCACAAAGCAAAAAUCAAUUAUGGAGUAAUUACAAUAAGUUCCCCUAGGUUAGGUCAUAAGUUCUAUGUUCCUUGACUAGAAAAUUCUUCCAUCAAGGUUUUUUCUUUUUUCUUGUCUAACUUUGCCCAUAACUGAAUUAUUACUUUCACUUCACCCCGUGUUUUUGCUCCAUUAAGGACUUUACUUUUGGCUUGUAAAUCUUUCUUUUUUCUUUUAAGUUUAUUAUUGCUUUAAGGAAUGCAGCAAUUGUUUUUCUAAAAGGACCCUUUUGUGAUUGAUCCAUUGCAGCUAUUAUUUAUAUUAACUCAAUUACAGUAGAAAGGUAAUGUGACACAACCCUUUUAUUAAAACAUUCAAACUCACUGUCAAUUCUUUUUUUUUUCUUUUCGCUUUCCUACUAGAGUUAAUAUUUUUACUCUUACUAAUAAGUAAGAGUAAAAUUAAGAAAAGAAUAAUUAAUACCUAGAAAAAGAAAAUAUUUUAUAACGGAAAGGGUAGAUGCAAAGUAAAGAAGAAAGUCGUAAGAAUAAAAGCCAAAACAAUUCCAAAUUUAGAGAAUCCAUUCUCAAGUUAAUAGCAAAGACAAUAUAUCUCUAAAUCCACAAAAUCAAAACAAGCCAAAAACCAUUCUCACCGAAACCAUCUCUUCUUACCUCACUAAGAUUAAAAGAAACAUCAAGAUUUAACCCCUAAAGGAAACACAUAAAGCAGGCAGCGUCAGAUGAAUCAAUUGCAUCCUCCCUUUACUCAAGAGAACUAUCUUUUAUGGUUUCAGAUUCGAUGGGAGAGUGGAGACGAAAGGUGCAAAAACAACACUCGACCAACUAGAAUUACAACUAAGGAUCCGUUUGGUUCAAAGUUUGGGAAUGAGAAUGUGGGUAGGAAUAGAAAUGAGAACGGAGAAGAAUGAGAAUGUGAAUGAUUAUACUAUUGAUGGGUAAUCUCAUUCCAAUUAUAGAGUUAUUUCUAAUGAACCAAAUACCCACAAUGGAAAUCACUCAUUUGCAUUCCCAUGCCACCUCUACUUUCUCUCAAAACCAAACGGUGUGGGAAGAAAAUUGGGUGGUGGAGGCGAAAGGUGCAAAAUCAGCACCGGCAAUGCAAUGGAUCUGUGGUUUUCCUGAAGCCUUGCAGAAAGGCUGUAACUGUGCCCUUACAUAUGCCUCAAUAUCGGUACAACAAGUCAUGCUUUCAAUGGUAAGCUCCUCGAGCAGAGGGGAAUUGGCCAGUACGAAUUGACUAAACUUUAUCUCAGGAUUAUUUUUACCAAAACAUGUUCUUCUAUCGAGACAUGCUCUUAUGCUCAUCUUACGGAGUUGGUUCAUCAAAGAGCAGCCCGAGGUUUCAUCUUCUUCUUCCCAAAACUUGGAUACAGACUGCAAGUUAUACACUUUUUCGCAGCAACAGGCCUGCACAAGAAAAUAAGUCUGGCUUUAGCCAUUUUAUACAAAGGCAAUGUACAGAACAACCGAGAAUCACCCCGAUGCUACUUAGUAUGUACUCCCGUUUAAGCUGAGCGCGUGCAGGCUAGGGGAGCUUUUAAUCAAGGAAAGGAGAGGUGAGAUCUCCUCCACUCCUCUAAAACAUACAUCACCUAGUUUGAGGAUCUUUAGAUGACUGCUACAAGAUGCUAAAACUUGCAUCAACCCACUGCUUGCAGUCAAGGACUUGAAGCAUAAAAAAAAAAAACACAAAACAAAAUCAGUGCCAUGGAUUUCUAGACACUGCACCAAGACCACUCCAAAAUGAAAACCAAGGAAAAGUUUGUAGAUUUUAUGUACCUCAUUAGAAACCCAUUGAAAGUGAAGCUCCUCAAGUGCAGGUGGCAGAUCAGAAAUGGAGAAUGUAUUACCUGUCAUUUUCCUCGUGUAGCUGCAGUAGGGUCUCUGUGUAUCUAAAUUGAUUGACAACACUGCAAGACGAGGAGUAUCGAAACAAAUAGAAGUUAAUUCUCCUUCAAAGCUAAAGUACUUGAGGUUAGGGACUUCGACUUUCAGAGCACCAUCAAAAUACAAGCCCUUUGCUGUUAUUUUUUCCAGGAGUGGGCUGCUGGCCAUUAUCCCUUCAAAUGCAGGCCUCGUUAUUGCAAUUGUUCUUAGCUCAAGUGUAGUAAGAUUCUGAAAUCCUUUAAAUGAGCAUGGGGGAUCGGUUAGUAU